GGCAUCACCUACGGCCAUAACGCCAAUAAGCUCCCCCUUCAGCAAUCGAAUGAAGGGUACCACACCAAUCUCCAAACCCCUUGAAGAUAUAGAAGCCAAACCCGAUAUGCAGUUAGAGUCUGACCUGAAGUUAGAUAGGCUGGAAUCAUUUCUAGGGAGACUGAAUAACAAAGUUGGUAGUAUGCAAGAAACCAUUCUCACUGUUACUGGAAAAACUGUGAAAGAGGUGAUGAAACUGGAUGACUAUGAGACCUUUUCCAAAUUUUACCGCAGCGUGGAUGCAUCUGUGCCUGUAGGAAGAGUGGAGCUGAAUGAGGACUUCGAUGCAAUCUUUGAUCCUUAUGCUCCCAAGCUGACUUCUUCUGUGGCAGAGCACAAACGCGCUGUUAGACCUAUGCGCAGAGUUCAGUCUUCAAGAAAUCCUUUGAAAAUGUUGGCAGCAAGAGAAGAUAUUCUUCAAGAAUAUACUGAACAGAGAUUAAAUGUUGCUUUCAUGGAGUCAAAGCGGAUGAAAGUUGAAAAAA